GAAUCUUUUCGGCGUUGCCACAGUUUCCGGUCGGCUGUGCGUCAUUUCCUGUAGUUCCUGUUAAAGGCGGCCUGGCGGGAUCUCCGCGGGUCAGAAUUUUUUUUAAUCCGGUGUAAAUCAGAGCCAUCGGAGUCACAAACAUGACGGUGGGGAAGAGCUCAAAGAUGCUGCAGCACAUCGACUUCAGGAUGAGGUGCAUCCUGCAGGAUGGCCGGAUCUUCAUCGGCACCUUCAAGGCCUUCGACAAACACAUGAACCUCAUCCUGUGUGACUGCGACGAGUUCAGGAAGAUCAAGCCAAAGAACUCCAAGCAGCCGGAGCGUGAGGAGAAACGUGUUCUGGGUCUGGUGUUGCUAAGGGGGGAGAACCUGGUCUCCAUGACGGUGGAGGGCCCACCCCCUAAGGACACGGGGAUCGCGCGUGUCCCGUUGGCGGGCGUGGCCGGAGGGCCAGGCGUGGGGCGGGCAGCAGGUCGCGGUGUUCCCGCUGGUGCUCCGAUGCCUCAGGCACCAGCUGGCCUUGCGGGGCCGGUCAGAGGCGUGGGCGGACCAUCGCAGCAGGUGAUGACGCCGCAGGGUCGAGGGACGGUUGCUGCCGCAGCAGCAGGCGCCAGCAUCGCUGGGGCGCCGACCCAGUACCCACCUGGGCGAGGAGCCCCGCCCCCCAUGGGCAGAGGAGCCCCACCUCCAGGUAUGAUGGGACCGCCCCCUGGCAUGCGACCACCGAUGGGUCCUCCAAUGGGCAUGCCACCUGGUCCGGGUCGCGGCGCUCCAAUGGGUAUGCCCCCCCCAGGCAUGAGGCCGCCUCCGCCUGGGAUGAGAGGACCACCUCCUCCUGGGAUGAGACCUCCCCCACGGCCCUGAAGAAGCUCCACCCCCUCACUCACCUGUUGUAUAGAUUUUUUUUUUUUUUUUUUUUUUUUUUCUAAACUUCUGGUUUGUGUGUUUUGUUUUUAAAUAAAGUUUCUCAGUUUGA